ACCCAGCCCGAGAGCCUCACUCACAUUUCAAAACUUCACUCAGACACGAUGUUCCGCUCCUUCCGGCCAUCUCUAGCCACAGCUGCGGCGCGCCGAUUUUCCGGGGAAGCCUCUAUGGCGGCGUCGGAGAACACGGCACUAGAAGGCGCUGCAGGCACCCGCGUCGUAUCCGGCAAAGGCGGUGGUCGAGACACGCUUGGGCGAAGGCUCAUGAGCCUCAUUUUCCCCAAACGCAGCGCCGUGACUGCCAUACGUAAAUGGCAAGAAGAGGGCCGCACUGUUCGCAAGUACGAGCUCAAUCGCAACGUUCGGGAGCUUCGCAAGCUCAAGCGCUACAAGCACGCACUUGAGGUGUGUGAAUGGAUGACAUUACAGAAAGAUAUGAGGCUGGUACCUGGUGACUAUGCAGUUCAUCUGGAUUUGAUUUGCAAAAUCCGAGGCCUGAAUAGAGCAGAAAAAUUUUUCGAGGAUCUCCCUGAUAAAAUAAGAGAACAAUCAGUCUGCACAUCUCUUCUUCAUGCAUACGUUCAAAAUAAUCUAUCUGAAAAGGCUGAGGCUUUAAUGGAGAAAAUGUCUGAAUGUGGUUUCUUAAAAAGUCCUCUUUCUUUCAACCACAUGCUUUCUCUUCACAUCUCAAACAAGCAACUAGAAAAGGUUCCUGCUCUGAUUGAAGGAUUAAAGAAGAACACCAAACCAGACGUGGUAACGUAUAAUCUUUUAUUGAAUGUUUGCACUUUGCAAAACGACACUGAAGCUGCAGAAAACAUUUUCCUUGAGAUGAAGAAGACAAAAAUCCAACCGGAUUGGGUAUCAUUUAGCACAUUAGCUAACUUGUAUUGCAAAAAUCAACUUACCGAAAAAGCAGCCGCUACUUUGAAAGAGAUGGAGAAAAUGGCAUUUAAAAGUAACAGACUCUCACUUUCAUCUCUUCUUAGCUUGUAUACCAAUUUAGGGGAUAAGAAUGAAGUUUACAGGAUAUGGAAAAAGUUGAAGUCAUCCUUUCGCAAGAUGAGUGAUCGUGAGUAUAUGUGCAUGAUAUCCUCUCUUGUGAAACUUAAUGAGCUUGAAGAAGCUGAGAAGCUCUAUACUGAGUGGGAGUCAGUAUCUGGGACACGUGAUACUCGGGUUUCAAAUGUAAUGCUUGGAGCGUAUAUCAAGAAAAACCAAAUAGAACAAGCCGAGAGUUUCUACAAUCGGAUGUUGCAAAAAGGAACAGUUCCAUCUUACACAACUUGGGAGCUCCUCACAUGGGGAUAUUUAAAAGAGAACCAGAUGGAGAAAGUCCUGCAUUUCUUCAGGAAGGCAGUUAACAGAGUGAAGAAAUGGAAUGCAGAUGAGAGGUUGGUUAAAGGAGUUUGUAAGAAACUCGAGGAGCAAGGUAACAUCAACGGGGUGGAGCAGUUGUUGCUUAUUCUUAGGAAUGCUGGUCAUGUGGAUACUGAGAUAUACAAUUCUCUAUUGCGGACCUAUGCAAAAGCUGGUAAAAUGCCACUCAUAGUUGCUGAAAGAAUGGAAAGGGACAACGUCCAGUUGAACGACGAGACUCGAGAGCUUCUAAGGUUGACCAGCAAGAUGUGUGUGAGUGAAGUUUCAAGCACUUUAUAUGAUAAAACAGAUCAAAUGGACUCAAUUCAAUCCGCUUGACUUUGAAGUAUACUCCUUAGGUUACUCCAGCUUUCUGAAGUAUCAAAUAUCCAAAAGUUGGAUCGGAUAGUUUUUGCUGAUUCGUUUAGGUUGCCUGCUUUCUUUUCAUAGUUCUUAAACAGAUAUGUUGGUUUGACGUUUGCCAAUAAUUCAACCCGGACCGACACUUUCCAGGUGGCAGAAUCCUGAGACCCAUUUUCCCUGCUGCAAGUAGCUGUUCUAUAUGCUGUUUUACCUGUGCUUGCAAAUGAAUCAUUCACACACAGCUAAAUUCAGAAGCUGCGUGUGGAUGAAGCUGCCGUGAGAAGAAGUUUUGAUGCUUACUAGUCAGUACAACAUGUUAAAUCUUUUCAAGUUACCUUAAUGCUAUAUUUGGAUCUCAAUUACUUGCUCGGAUUGAAUGUAGACUAUAACAAAAUUUUGUUAUUUAUUAGCAAUUUCAAUGAAGUUUGCUGGAAAAAUGUUGGGUUUCAUGUAUUCGAGAGUUUGAUAACUCUUUUUGGAUCA